AUGGGUGCCGUUGGGAGCCCUUUGGUCUUUGCUGUGGGCAUCCUAGGCAACAUCCUGUCGUUCCUGGUUAUCCUGGCGCCGGUGCCGACGUUCUACCGUGUGUACACGAGGAAGUCGACGGAGUCGUUCCAGUCAGUUCCCUACGCGAUGGCGCUGCUGAGCGCAAUGCUGUGGCUCUACUACGCGCUGCUCACCAAAGACCUCCUCCUCCUCACCAUCAACACGGUGGGGUGCGUCGUCGAGUCCGCCUACCUCGCCAUCUACCUCGCCUACGCGCCCAAGCAGGCCAGGGCCUUCACCGCCAAGCUCGUGGGCAUCAUGAACGUGGCGCUCUACGGGGCCAUGGUCUGCGUCCUGCAGCUGUUGGUCAAGGACGGCGAGAGCCGCGUCACCAUCGCCGGUGGCAUCGGCUCCGCCUUCGCGCUCGCCGUCUUCGUCGCCCCUCUCGCCAUCAUCAGGCAAGUGAUCGGGACCAAGAGCGUGGAGUUCCUGCCCUUCUGGCUAUCCUUCUUCCUCACCAUCAGCGCCGUCGUCUGGUUCUUCUACGGCCUACUCAUGAAAGAUUUCUUCGUGGCGACACCCAACGUGCUGGGGCUGCUGUUCGGGCUGGCCCAGAUGUCGUUGCACCUGGUGUACAAGAACCCCAAGAAGAAGGGCGCCGUGUCGGAGGUACAGGUCCCGGCGGACGACGAGAAGAACCAGCUGCCACUUCAGCAGCAGCAGGCCGGCACAACGGCACACGUCGUUGCGCCCAUCAUCGAAGCCGACGAGGAGGUCGUGAACGGCAGGGAGGACGACGGCGGCGACAAGCAGCAAAGCGUGUCCGUGGUGGACAUCGUGCUGCCGCCCCCCGAGGAGCACCCCACACUGCCGCCAGUCGACCACCCUGCGCCACUGCCGCCCAUGAGAAUGGCCGUCGAGGUGGUCUGAUCUACGUGAUGGAGCAGACUGACCUAACUAUAUAUCUGCCGUAUGUUUAUCAAUUGCGGGCGCGGCACCAUGCAUGCAUGCAUGCGUACGUCUAUGUGUUCAGUUCGUUAUGUAUAAGUUCGUGCCAAUCCGAUCGUAUGUUGUUGGUUAAUUACUAGUAGUAGUUAAUUAGUAUUGAACUACUGGUAUACGUACGUACUUCCUCUGUUCGAAAUUACUUGUGUUGAAAAUGGAUGUAUCUAGACGUAUUUUAGUUCUAGAUACAUCCAUUUUUGAGACAAGUAAUUUCGAACGGAGGGAGUAGAAAGGAAGGUGUGGGCUCGUCUCAUCUGAUCAUCGAUGCAGCAUGAUUGGAGAAACUGGAGUGGUGUACUCGUGUAGAGCAUCCUCUGGUGUAUGCUGGCCUCUUGCAGCGCUUGGAGAUGCAUAGUUUCUCUGAUCAAAUAAAAAGCUCAUGUAUUUCUUCAGUCA